CCUGGAUUUCUUGGGGAAAUCAAAGAUUGCAGCUAAACUCGAAUCUUAAUUUGAAAAUUCAUAUAUACUGGAUUAAUAUCCUCUCUAUCAUAUCCAUUCAUCUCCCAUCACUCUAUAUAUACCCACCAACCUUCCCUCUCCCUCUUCUCAGAAUGGAAGACACAGAGAUACCUAUCCCCUCCAGGUCAGAAUUUGUCACUCUUGUGUAAGACGGACAUGGGUGGAGUUCUUGUAUACUUUCUUCUCUUUCUUCCUACACUUCUCUCAUGUAUCUUCUUGAGAAAACAUAAAAGGAAAUCUCAGCAAAGAGCUAGAUUACCUCCAGGUUCAAUGGGGUGGCCUUACAUAGGAGAGACUCUUCAACUCUACACUCAGGACCCAAAUGUCUUCUUUGCAGCUAAACAGAAAAGGUAUGGAGAGAUAUUCAAGACCCACAUACUUGGUUGCCCUUGUGUUAUGCUGGCAAGCCCUGAAGCUGCUAGGUUUGUGUUGGUUACUCAAGCUCAUUUGUUCAAGCCCACGUACCCAAAAAGUAAGGAGCAAAUGAUCGGUCCAUCUGCCCUGUUUUUCCACCAAGGAAACUACCACACUCGACUUAGGAAGCUGGUUCAGGCUUCACUCUCUCCUCAUCCUAUCGGAAAACUCAUCUCCAACAUUGAAGCUGUUGCAGUUUCUACAUUGGAUUCUUGGGCUGGUGGUCAUAUUGUCAACACCUUUCAUGAAAUGAAGAAGUUUUCUUUUGAAGUUGGUAUCCUUGCUAUCUUUGGCAGCUUGGAUGUGUACCUCAAAGAAAAGCUCAAGAAUAACUACUGCAUAGUAGAUAAAGGUUACAAUUCCUUUCCUACAAACAUACCAGGAACUCCCUACUACAACGCGGUCUUGGCAAGGAAGAGGCUGAAUCAGAUUCUAAGUGAGAUUAUUUCUGAGAGGAAGGAUAGGAGAUUAGUGGAGAAUGAUCUUUUGGGUUGUCUUAUGAACUCCAAAGAUGAAGAAGGAAAUAUUCUGACUGAUCAUCAAAUUGCAGAUAACAUAAUUGGAGUGUUGUUUGCAGCUCAAGACACAACAGCUAGUGUUCUCACUUGGAUUCUAAAAUACCUCCAUGAUUACCCCAAACUUCUAGAAGCUGUCAAGGCUGAACAGAAAGCAAUAUAUGAAUCUAAUGAUGAAGGGAAGCAGCCCUUGACAUGGGCUCAAACUAGAAAUAUGGUAUAUACUCACAAGGUUAUAUUAGAAAGUUUGAGGAUGGCAAGCAUCAUAUCUUUCACAUUUAGGGAAGCAGUUGCUGAUGUGGAAUAUAAGGGAUAUCUUAUUCCAAAAGGCUGGAAGGUGAUGCCUUUGUUCAGAAACAUUCACCAUGAUCCUGGAUUCUUCCCUGAUCCUCAGAAGUUUGAUCCUUCAAGAUUCAAGGUUGCACCAAAACCCAAUACAUUUAUGCCAUUUGGCAGUGGAGUACAUGCAUGUCCUGGAAAUGAACUUGCCAAGCUGGAGAUGCUAAUUUUGAUCCAUCAUCUAUUAACCAAGUUCAGGUGGGAUGUGGUAGGAUUGCACAGUGGGAUUCAGUAUUGUCCAUUCCCAGUUCCUCAGCAUGGACUCCCAGCCAGGUUUUGGAAAUUAGAAUCCUGCAGCCAAAGACAAAAUGGGUGCCCAUGAUAUAUAGCAGAUAUGCCAUGCCAACCUUUUUUAAUGUUUCAAAGAAAGAAUGAAUAUCUCUAAUCCACCCAUCAACUUAUCUAGGGAAGGAAAGAUGCUUCUUUUUCUCCUCAUAUUGUUCUUGUUAUCAAUUUAUUCAAGGAGGAAUUCUCUUCUAUCUGUUUCCUUUUCA